AUGGCCGUGCUUCCACUGCCCGACAUCGGGACAUGGCUGUUUCGUCGCGGCGACUCGGAUCGCAAACGGGUCGCCGCCGAGAAUCCCGUCGCAAUUGUCAAACAGCUCGACGGCCACAUCAAGACACUCAAACUCAAGCAACCGGACCCGUCUCACUCUCACUCAGCACUCAAGGAUGCCGAUAAGGACGCCCUGGUGGGGGCCAUGCUGCUCAUGGGCAAGAGCCUCCAAGAUGCCCUCAACAUGUUCAUAUCCGAGGUACUGCCGCAUGACGAGUACCCCAAGGGAUGGAAUGAGGUCCUCUCUGGCACCCUCGGCGGCUUGCAUAGGGCCCUUACCGACACGCUGGUUACCCUGGAACGUCCUUCCGCUGAAGUCGGUCUCAGUAUGAAGCAGCAGCAGGAAUCGCUAAAGACUCGAACACUCAGUUUGGAGCUCGACGAGGCUCCCGUAAAACCUGGACUCAACAGAUCUGAAUCAGCACCAGCUGCCACAGUCCAAGGUGAAAUCUCACCCGACUUCCCACCUCUUGGUCCACCUCUCCGCCUCGCCCCCGUUCCCGAACGAUUCGAACCUGCCUAUGAAUACCGUGACCUAGCCGCCGAGAAUCCGGGUGUCAGCAUUGCCGUCAUCCAGGAAUUGCGCGCCGAAAUGCGCGUCAACGCCGCCAUACAGCUCGCCAUCGAAUCGCUCGAGUUCACCGAGGGCCAGCUGCAGCUGGUCAAGCAAGUGAACAAGGCCGCUGGCGGCGCCGGGGCUAACUUGGAGCCUGUUCAGCAACACUUCUACGAAGGAUACGAUCGCAUUCUUCGCCGGGCUGUGGAGUUGGAACGUCGGGACUGCAGCAGUGAGGUGCCUGUUCCGGUCCAACAACAAUCUCGUAACGAGAACCGGCCUCAAACAAGCCACACGCAAAGUUCUGCCCAGCUGAGUCCCACGUCUUGGAAGCCGCGCGCGCCGAGGAGGAUAAGUCUCGUUACUAUCCCGCCGCCUCACGAGGAGGAGGCCCUUGCUCGUGGUCAGAGACGGGGUAGUCAUACCCAGAAGAGACCUGGCACGGCACCGAAUGAUGAACGACCGCAACCCCACGGCCUCUCAAAAUCCCAACAACUACAACCAUCCAAUCAACAACCCACCCUCCGCCGCCGUCUCUCCCUAGCUGAAGAACUCGCCAUGGCCGGUAAUACCGAUUCUGACUCCUCCAACUACGGCGAUGAAGUCGACUAUGACUACGAUGACGAGGAUAACGACCACAGCUACCAGGAGGACGACAACGAAGACCACGAAGGCCACCAAGACGACGAGGAAGAAGACGAAGAAUUUGGUGAAUUCGGCGAAGUAGGCGAAGCAAGCGUCAUCCAAUCCGAACUCGGCAGCGGCAGUGAUCGGGAUCUAGCCAGUCCUCGGACGCCUGCUUAUGGGCCUGGAGGAGGGCUAAGUCCUGGAGUUGGACCUGGAGGUCCCGGAGGCUUUGUACAUGGCAUGGUCCAUGGUGGACUUGGGCUUGCUGCCGCAGCAGGGAAUGGGGACCAUCAUGACCUAAAUCACAUGCAACACUCCCGCAUGUCAUCACUCGAUUCUAUCCCCAUGAGCGAAGGCAUAGUGGGACAGAUACCUCCUAGCGAAUACGGGAGUCAAUUCGAUGGCGAAGGCAGCACCUACGGUGGUGGUGGCAGGGGAUAUGGAUGGGCGCACAGCAGACAGAUUUCAAACGUCAGUACUACUUUUGACGAUAGGAUAUCGUAUGUCCCGAGUACGCAGUGGGGGAAUGUUGAGUCUGUGGAGGAAGGGUACGAAGGGGAAGAAGAAGAAUACGAACAUCAUCAGCAACAAGGCCAACAACAAGGGCGAGAAGGAGAUGAGGAGGAGGAGGAAGAAGAAGAACUAAAAGGCCCCGGAGGUCGUCCCUUAUCAGGAUACUUCCCUGGCGCAGGUCGGUACGAUGGAGAGUACGACGACGAUAGGGAGUAUGGCGAUGACAUGGACGACGAAGAAGGGGAUGGUUAUGCGGAUGAAGAUGAAGGGAUGGAAGGAGGAGACCAUGAUGACGAGGGCAGUGGCGGGUCGGUGGAUGAGAACGAGGAGUUGACGGAGAUUAUUGAGCAGUUGAGGCCGUAUAUGAUGUUGGGUGGGGCGACGGGGAAUACGGGGAAUACGGGGAGGAUAUCUGCUUGA